AUGUCUCCACGAAAAAAAAGUAUUGUGAAAAGAGCUCAUGAUACCAAAAAAGUCCAUUGUUCUUGGAGUGCCUGCGAAAAACUUAUGGUCAUUUACUAUUUUGAACACAUUCAAAAAGUGAGAGAAACUGCAAGACGGUUUGAUAUCGAACCCAAACAAGUUCAUGACUGGUUAAAGAAGAAACAAGAGCUUUUAAAUGCUGCUCUCUAUGUUUUAACACUAAACCGUGAUCGACAAGCCCA